CGGGAAUUCCCAUUGAAGGAAUUCCCAUCAUUGCCACUGACUCCGACUGCUUACACUGCGUGGUUUUCUGAUCGGUUUUCUUUUAGAACUUCGGAGAUGUCAGAUCAGUUUCGUAAUCUCAUCCAGAUAAACGAAGAAAUCUUAUGCAAGCACCUGGAGCCACAUCGAGUUCUCUAUCGGAUGAGCAAUGUUUUUACUUCAGAGGAUGAGAAACAGAUACUAGAUGGAGUCACUGCUUCAGAAAGAUCCAGGAUCCUGCUACAGUGUUUAAUGACAAAGGAACCAUGGGCAUUUGAAGUCUUCAUCGGUGCAUUGGAAGACCUUGGGCUUAUGCAUCUUGUGGAGUUACUGAGGGCAGGCCUGCACCAGCCAGGGAUUUCAAGAUCACAACAACCUGGAGAUGCCAAUCUCCAAGAUGACUCUGUCACCAGCAGCAGCCCUGAUACUAUGGUUGAGGACGUGACAAAGAUGGAUGAACUGAAGGUGCCUGUAUUGGAGAGUGCAGGGCCCGGAAUGAUCACAGAACAGCCCACAUUUGGAGAGCAGCCCCAUGUUCGAGAAAGCGCAGAGGGUGCUUCAGCUACAACUGAAUAUUUUGGUUUGGAUUUUUCUUCAAAUCCUGCUGCAUAUAAAGACCUGGCUGCAUUGCCCAUGAUGACAGAGGAAGAGUUGGAAACAUUUUCGAACAACCUUAAUAUCAGCGCCUUUGCCAAGCAUGUGUUUAAGGGUGAGAAAAAUAUCAAAGAAGUCCUUGAGGCAGUGGAUGCUGUAUCUCCAAAGACAGAUCUCGGACUACUGAUAACAGCUUUGGUGACUUGCAAUCGAAGAGAUUUGGCAGACCUGCUGCAAUCUUUCAUUAGUCAGCCAUUAGAGUCAACAAAAGAUCAAAAACCAUUUGACAAAGAGUCAAAGAAGAAACUUGAGCAAGCUGAGCUGCAUAUAUCACAAGUUCCAUUUUCUAAGAUAAAUGAAAUUGUCUGCCAUGUCAGCAUUACAAGUGACGAUGGAAAAGAUUGGAGACUGGCAGCUGAACUGAUGGGUAUAGAAAAUUACCAGAAUCUUAUUGCACUGUGGGCGCAGAGUGAGAGGCGGCCGUUCGAGAAAGUUUUGGCUUGUUGGGAGAAAAAGAUGGAUGCCACAGUGGGCAAGUUGCACGAGAUUUUACUUGCCAUUGGUCACGAGAGAUGUGCAUCACUGCUGAUGGGUUUAUGAUUUCUGAGGUAACACAAGGUAAGGAACAUUAAAGCACCUCUGCAACUGGAGAAAGGAGUGUUCGUUACCUAACUGAUGCCGCUCAGAUCAAGAUAUAUGAAAACAU